AUGGCAUCCUCCACAUCAAACCAACCGAAACAACAACCAGACCCUUCCAAUAGCUCAUCAUCUACACCACACACAACCAUCCAUCAACAAGCCAAACUAACGCAACAGCAAGAUCUCAAACAAUCAGCAAAUUACAUUAAACAACUACAUACACUAGCCAAUCACUUGGUAUUAUCUAAUUCCGAUACUGAUCCAUUAACAACGAAGAGCAACUUGUUGGAUAAGAUCGCCACGAUACAUCAAUUGAAUGACAAUAUCGACCACCAAUUAAAUGAAGAAAUUAGUCGCAAUUAUUAUAAUUUGAUGAAACUGAAACGGAAAAUUACCAAUUUGAGUCAAGGAUGCCGACGCAAACUUGAUGCCAUGAAUGAUGUGGUUCGAAUUGACGAAAGGAUAGUUGCUGAUAAUAACGUGGUGGAGGAAAAUGAUGAUGGAGAUGGACGCAAAAUUGGACAUGGGACGAAGAAUGAGAGAAGCAAUAGUAAUAAUACAGUAAGAAGACUAAGUUUGCAAAAAAGAUGUGAAUUAAUUGAUCAAGAUUUGAGAAUCUUAGAAUAUACAUUAAAGUUGAUAAAUGAGCGUGAUUGA